UGUAUACAAUAUAUGUAUAGAGCUGUAUAAGAAUACCAAUAUUUUUCUUCCAAAAUCUUUGGAGGCCCAUAUGAUUUUGAUAAGGAGAUGUGACCGAGUAGCCUCUCCAGUCUCCACUUGGUUUUGAUGAGCAUUGUACGUAUCUAACAAAUUGCCCAAUGACCAGGCAUACCAGAAUCCGUAGUCUUAACGGAAAAUGAGGAACCUUUUUCAACUUUUAUGAUCUUAUAUCAUAAUCCCAAAACCUCAUCUUUCCUUAAAACUGAAAAACCGCCAUUGAAGCUGAAGCUAUGACAUCAAUGGAAAAUGGAAAACAAACUCACCACUCCGCGCCUCAUGUUACAGGAUUGGAUGAUUUAGAAGUCAUUCUGAAUAACUUACGAGGGCAACAAAAUUUGACACAAUGGGGCACCAAAAACAAGGUUCAAGGAGUGGAGACACCAGAUAUCAAAUUGAAUAUGGCAGUCAAAGAAGCACAGAUGAAAAGUUUAUCGAUGAACGGAGUGAAAUCUCUUGGAAAUCAGCAAUCUCAGCAAAGCUUGGUGCAUGAAUCUUCAACAAGAAAAAUAAAUGAGGAUGCAGCUUCGAGCCUGGAAAGUAAACGAGGGUUCUUUGGCUCCCUACCAGUUUUCAGCUCUCUAUAUCAAUCUCAGAAAAAAGACUCUCAGUUACUUGACAAAAAGGACUGUCAACUACUUUCAAAUAUUUCUGGAGUUCAUCAGGGAAAACCUGGUAAAGAGCAACGAAGGAGGAAGCAGCCAGCAAAUAGUGCUUUGAAGCGUCUGAAAGGGGAGAAUAAGCCGAGUAAUAAGGAUGAAAAAGCAUGCAAAAAUGGGGUGAAAAAGCCUGAGAAAACAUGCAAAAAUGUGGAGAAUAAGCCAAUUAAGGAUGGAAAAGCAUGCGAAAAUGGGAAGAAUAGGCCAAGUAAGGAUGAAAAAGCUUGCAAAAAAGAGGACAAGAAGAAGAGGGUGCCUAGAAAUUGGUUGCCCAAAUUAUUUGGUUGUUAAGAUUCUUCCUAUCUGUUCCUGUUAUCAGGACCUACUCAGGGUGAUUUUCAUAUAUAUCGAAUGCAAAAUAAAGUAAUUAUAUGUUUUUAUAA